UUCCUUCCUGCUUCUGACUGACAGCCAGAAGAGCUGCCACUGCUUCUGCCGUGGGGGCAGGGGCCUCGGCUCCCUCUCCCACCUCACCCGCCCUAGGUGCUAAGGAGCGCGGCGCAGGCGGCGCUCCGCGGGAGGGUGGCGCUGGGACCGGGCCGCGCUCCGCCCGGCAGCCCGUGCCCGCUGCGGCAGCAGAAUGGUGGUGCCGCCGCCGCUGCGCGCCGUCAUCAUGGGGGCCCCGGGCUCCGGGAAGGGCACCGUCUCCGCUCGGAUUAUCAAAUACUUUGGCAUGAAGCACCUUUCCAGCGGCGACCUGCUAAGGGACAACAUGCAGAAGAAGACAGAAGUUGGAAUCCUUGCCAAGUCCUACAUUGAUCAAGGGCAGCUUAUUCCAGAUGACAUCAUGACACGACUGAUGCUGGAUGAGCUAAAAGGCCUACAUCGGUACAACUGGCUAUUGGAUGGUUUCCCACGAACAGUUGCUCAGGCAAAAGCCCUGGAUAAGGAAUGUCAAAUAGACACUGUGAUUGACCUAGAUGUGCCAUUUGAGACCAUAAAAUGUCGGCUUACAGCACGUUGGAUCCAUCCUGCUAGUGGCAGAGUUUACAAUCUUGAAUUCAGCCCUCCCAAAGUGCAGGGCAUUGAUGAUAUUACUGGAGAGCCACUUGUCCAGCGUGAGGAUGAUAAGCCAGAGACGGUUGCCAAGAGGCUGCAGGCUUACGAUGCUCUAACAAAACCUGUUCUAGAAUAUUACCGGGAAAAAGGAUUAUUGAAAUCCUUCUCUGGGACAGAAACCAAUAAGAUCUGGCCACAUAUCUAUGCAUUCCUCCAAACCAAGUUGCCAGAUAUAAGCCAGGAAGAUGCUGCCACUCCCAGGUGGAAAUAGGUCUAAUAUCCACUCAUCUGUCAUAGCUCAAAACUGAGAUUCUGCAAUCAAGGGUCUGCAAUCUAAGUAAUCUACCAGACUGAUCAAUAAUUAAUGCUGUCCUUAACUUACAUUAUGAUGAAAUUCUAUUGCCUGUGGUUCUCACUUUAAUGCUGUGUUUUUUAAAUAUUAAACGUACCUAGUUUUUAUAAUGGAGUAAUUGAAUUUAACAAGUACUGGUGUCUCUUACUCAGAAAAUAGUUAUGUUUGCAGAUACUGACUGCUGAAGGAAACACAUCUCAGAAUAACAGCUUAAUUUCAAAGCGUGUUGAUUGAUUUACUCAAGAAAUGCUGUGCAAAGCAAUAAUAAGGACAUGCAAGCAUGUUUGUUGAAUGUGUGAUCUUAGAAUUAUGGAAUAUAUCUGUUUGGAAGAGAGCUCAAAGAUCUAAUCCUCAGCCCCGCACUGAAGGUUCAGCACUAAACUGUGUCCCUAAGCACUGGGUCCACACACUGCUUGAAUACACCCAGGGAUGGUGAUUUCACCACUGCCCUGGGCAGACUAUUCCAUUGUUUGACAACCCUUUCAGUGAAGAAGUAUUUCCUAAUAUCCAGCCUAAACCUUGCCUGGUGCAGUUUCUAACCAUUUUCUCUAGUUCUGACACUUGUCAUCAAGAAGAAGAUGCUGGCUCCGUCCUCGCUCCAACCUUGCUUCAGGUAGUUGUAGAGAAAGUUAAGGUCUCCCUUCAGCCUCCUCUUCUCCAGACUGAACAACCCCAGCUCCCUCAGACACUCCUUGUAGGCCAUGUACUCCAGGCCCUUCACCAGCCUCAUUGCCCUUCUCUGGACAUGGUCAGCACCUCAAUAUCCUUCCUAUAGUGAGGGGCUCAGAACUGAACACUGUACUCCAGGUGUGGCCUCACCAGUGCUGGAUGAUCACCUCCCUGUUCCUGCUGGCCACAGUAUGGCCAAUACAAUACAAGCCAGGAUGCUCUUGGCUUUCUUGGGCACUUGGGCACACUGCUGACUCAUGUUCAACUGACUGUCAAACAAUACUCCUAGGUCUCUCUCCAAGUUGGAGAUUUCCAACUACACAUCCCCAAGCCUGUAACUUACCAUGGGGUUGUUGUGACCCACGUGGAGGACCUGGCACUUGACCUUGUAACUUCAUACUAUUAGCCUUGACCCAUCAGGCUAAUCUGUCUGGUGUAAAGCUUCCUCUUAGUUCGGGCCAUACAGAAGCUGUGAGGAGCCCUUCUGCAAAAGGCCAUUUCAGACUAUAACUGGCAUGUGUAUAGGUUGAUACCAUGGAAGACAGACACCUUUGGUGGGCUUAAAUGAUCCUUAACAUUUGCUUGGGUAAUUGGCCAAUUGAGUAAUUUCAGUCCUCAGAGCAGCUAUCUUGCAGACAUGAGAAAUGGAGAUUCAGUGAUGUGUAAUGUGAUUUGGUAAAGCCUCUGUGCAGAUGUAUAAGAUUCUUAAUAAAAAGAUGAAAGAUACUAAA